AUGGAUUCCUUGACGACCCAUCCUGCAACUGCGCAGCAGGCCAAGGCGUUCACCUCGCCCGCCUCGUUGUCGUUCCCAGGUGGUGCUGGCGAACUGACUCCUCCAUCUUCCUCUGAGAAAGAGGCCAACGGCGCCCAGCAGCCUCAUCAGCCUCAGCAUGUUAACGGCAGCGGUCCUGGCGGUGGUACGCCUGCGACCCCCGUUGCGACACCCGGAGCUGGCCCCGGCGUGAGUGGCAUAGUACCAACGUUGCAAAACAUCGUUGCUACCGUCAACCUUGAUUGCCGACUGGAUCUCAAGACCAUCGCCCUCCACGCCAGAAACGCGGAGUACAAUCCAAAGCGUUUUGCCGCCGUGAUCAUGCGUAUUCGAGAGCCCAAGACUACUGCCCUGAUCUUCGCAUCAGGCAAGAUGGUCGUCACCGGCGCAAAGUCGGAGGACGACUCGAAGCUCGCGUCUCGGAAAUACGCUCGUAUUAUCCAGAAACUCGGGUUCAAUGCCAAGUUCACGGACUUUAAGAUCCAGAACAUCGUCGGGUCAUGCGACAUCAAGUUCCCGAUCCGUCUGGAAGGCUUGGCCAGCCGACAUCACAACUUCAGCUCUUAUGAACCAGAGCUGUUCCCGGGCUUGAUCUAUCGUAUGAUGAAGCCGAAGAUCGUCCUGCUCAUCUUCGUCAGCGGUAAGAUUGUACUCACUGGCGCCAAGGUUAGGGAAGAGAUAUAUCAAGCUUUCGAGAUGAUAUAUCCCGUCUUGACUGUUUCAUACCUUGUUCAUCUCCAAAAAAAAGCAAAGGUCAUGGUUACGGUGCAUGCAGUGGAAACAGAAUGA